GUGAAGGUGAGCGGAUGGAGUGUCAGUACUGUGACUGGAUUUGUAUUAAUAUUACGUUUGCAAGACAAUUGAGCGGCAUAGUUUGUGUUGACACGGCUUAUUACCGCAGUCUGCAUAGCGUCUGCAGUGUGGCAAGCCUUCGCCUCCUCCGCCCCCCUGUCAGGUAUGGAGGGGUUAGGGAAAGGAGGUCGUGUUCCUGGGGCUGCCCCUGACAGGCCAGCUGACGCCCCUUGAUGUCUCCAUGGCCGUGGUGAGGCAGGAGAGGACUCAAGCAAAGCCACCGAUGCCCGCAUUAUACCGGUCAAGGCAAGAGUAUGAGAGGAGAUCACGAACUCUUGCUGCCAGUGGUCUGGGGCCGCAGAGGACUGUAAAACAGAUUAAGAAGAUUUGGGAAAACAUGAGAUCAAGGGCCAAGAAGUUUGUUAGUGACCAGAAGAAAAAACUGUGUCGAACAGGAGGUGGUCCUCCAAGUCCAGUCGUCAAGCCAGACCCUGUAUUGGAGAAAAUCCUUGCUCUCAUCGCAGACGAGCUAGAACUGGACCCAAACCACAAUGACAGUGACAGAUGGCCAACAGAUGUCACUGUUGUUGUUAUUAAUGAGAAGGGAGAGCAGUUGGAUGAGCCGAUGGCCAUGACUGAACAGCCAUCCACAGCAUGCUCAGUGCCUAUUUUGCUCAUGCCUGCCAGAGGAAAUGAUAGUGCACCUGCUGCUUGCACCUCUUUUGUUGAGUCAUCGGGAACUGCAGCUUUGCUCUACAGUCCUGCCAUCCACAGCACACCUCUUCCUUUAACUUCUAAGGACGUUCGUGGAACUGUAGUGUCAUCCUCAAGCUCCUCCAACCACUGUACACCACUUUCUUCAACCUCUGUUGAGGUACCUGCAACAGUAGCUUCAAUUUGUAGCACACCUCUUCCUUCCACCUCUGUUUUGGCAUCGGUACCAGUUACCUUUCCAAGUGAAUUGUCACCAAUACAGUCUUCCAGUGCGAGAGGAAAAGUGAGUGGGAAAAAGUUUAAAGCAGAGAAAAGGCAAGUGGAAGACAGUGUUGGCAGAGAGUCCUAUGAAAUGUUGUCAAAGUUUCAAAAGGAAGAACAUGAAAUAGUGAUGCAAAUUCAUAAACAAAAUUUAGAAAAUAAAAAGAUGGAAGGGGACUGUCUAUGCCAAGCAAUGAAAAUUAUGUCUUCUAUACAUUCAAGAGUUGAAGACACUGGAAGAUGUGCAUGCAGCUGCAGGUGCAUUUGUAGAUUUCUUGGACAAUUCUAGAAAUGAUAAGGCAUAAAUUUGUUUUGUGGUGUUGCUGUAAGAUCAAGAUCCAAAGUUUCUUUACUCACCCAGUUUAGUACAAACACUUAUAAUAUAUAUAUAU